GCCUCGGGGCGCGCCGAGCGCUUGCAGCCGCUGGUGGGCGCAUGUGGGGGCGCGCGGUGUGGCGGCGCUGCCCACGGGGGCUGCGGCGCGGCCGGGAGGCACUGCUGGUGCUGGUGGCGUUGCUGGCGCUAGCCGGGCUGGUCUCGGUGCUGCGGGCGCAUCGCGGGGCCAGGGCGGCCGAGCCGGGACUCCCGCGCACCCCGCGGUCCCGCCGGCGCGACCCCGUCCUACCGCGGCCACCGGUGCCCGAGGACGCUUUAGGGGCGCAGGGCGAGGCGGUGCGGCUGCAGCUGGAGGGCGAGGAGCUGAAGCUGCAAGAGGAGAGCGUGCAGCUCCAUCAGAUCAACAUCUACCUCAGCGACCGCAUCUCGCUGCACCGCCGCCUGCCGGAGCGCUGGAAUCCGCUGUGCAAAGAAGAGAAAUACGAUUAUGACCUUCUGCCCACAACAUCUGUUAUCAUAGCAUUUUAUAAUGAAGCUUGGUCAACUCUCCUUCGGACAGUCUACAGUGUCCUCGAGACAUCCCCGGACAUCCUGCUGGAAGAAGUUAUCCUUGUGGAUGACUACAGUGAUAGAGAGCACCUGAAGGAGCGCCUGGCCGAGGAGCUGUCGGGGCUGCCCAAGGUGCGCCUGAUCCGCGCCAACAAGAGGGAGGGCCUGGUGCGAGCCCGGCUGCUGGGGGCCUCCGCGGCAAAGGGCCAGGUGCUGACCUUCCUGGACUGCCACUGUGAGUGCCACGAGGGCUGGCUGGAGCCGCUGCUGCAGAGGAUCCAUGAAGAGGAGUCGGCAGUGGUGUGCCCGGUAAUAGAUGUGAUUGACUGGAACACCUUCGAGUACAUGGGGAAUGCCGGGGAACCCCAGAUCGGCGGUUUCGACUGGAGGCUGGUGUUCACGUGGCACGUGGUUCCCCAGAGAGAGCGGAUGCGGAUGCGAUCCCCCAUCGAUGUCAUCAGGUCUCCAACAAUGGCUGGUGGGCUGUUUGCCGUGAGUAAGAAAUAUUUUGAAUAUCUGGGGUCUUAUGACACAGGAAUGGAAGUCUGGGGCGGAGAAAACCUCGAGUUUUCCUUUAGGAUCUGGCAGUGUGGUGGGACCCUGGAGAUACACCCGUGUUCUCACGUUGGCCACGUUUUCCCCAAGCAAGCUCCCUACUCCCGCAAAAAGGCUCUGGCCAACAGUGUCCGUGCAGCUGAAGUGUGGAUGGAUGAAUACAAAGAGCUGUACUACCAUCGCAACCCCCAUGCCCGCUUGGAGCCCUUUGGGGAUGUGACGGAGAGGAGGCAGCUCCGUGCCAAGCUGCAAUGUAAGGACUUCAAGUGGUUCUUGAAGACUGUGUAUCCGGAACUGCACGUGCCUGAGGACAGGCCUGGCUUCUUCGGGAUGCUCCAGAACAAAGGACUAAAAGGUCACUGCUUUGACUAUAACCCUCCCAACGAACACGAACUCACAGGGCGCCAGGUCCUCCUGUACCAGUGUCACGGGAUGGGUCAGAAUCAGUUUUUCGAGUACACGUCUCAGAAUGAAAUUCGCUAUAACACCCUCCAGCCAGAGGCCUGUGUAGCGGUGGAGGCAGGAGCCGAUACUCUCAUCAUGCUUCUCUGUGAGGAAAGGGCGCCGGAGAACCAGAAGUUCAUCCUGCAGGCGGAUGGUGCUUUAUUUCACAUACAAUCCAAGAAAUGUGUUCAGGCUGAGAAGACGGCUGCUGGCAACAGUUUUGUGCCACUCUUACGAGACUGCGCCAACUCGGAACAUCAGAAAUGGUUCUUUAAAGAACGCGUGUCAUAAGGAAUCACUGCACCAAGGAGACCAGCAGAGGAGAUGGGGGGCCCUGGACUUAGCCCAACAGAGACUCAGCUAAGGACAGUGGCGGACCCACCAAAAACUUGGCUGCUCUAUAUUUAUAAGGAAAUCACUGUGCAAUUUGUGAAAGUGAUGUGGGGGUGUGGUAAGAAUGUAAAAAAGCUUUGUUCUGAUUUUGAAAACUUUAAAAUUGUUCCCAAAUACUCUAUUUUCAAAGGAUAAUCACAACUAACUCUUGGUUGU